UUGUAUUAUAUAGGAAUUAUGAACCUUAUGAACUUACGAACGUUAUUGUGACAUUUGUUUAUCAUGAUAUCUGAAAAGUAUUACUAUUUAUUAUUUCUUGUUCUAUUUUGCGAGUUACGACAUGAUAAGUGAAACAAGUUAUGACAAAAUUGAAAAUAGUGUGCUUUCACAAUCUUACAAUGGAAGUAUUAAAAGAAUUGUAGGAUUGAAAUCUAACUUAAUUAAAAUUCCUCCCAAACUCAUUGAAGAACGGAGAAACUUCUGGCAUAAUUUUUUCAAUAAACAUUUGGAAAAUACAUCAGAAGAAUACAGUAUACAUGAUCUUAUGUUUGAAUCUUCUACCAACACACGUGUGUAUAAGCCAUUGAGUCACAUACAACAUUGGAUAGACACAGGUUACUUCCCUUAUAACAAAAAACAAUUUAAUAUGGACGAAGACACACAGUCAGAUUCUUGUUCUGUAUCAGAACCUGAGAACUGUUUCAAAUCACCACAGCAUGUUGGGAAAGAAAAGGCAAGUGAACAACCGAAUUACAAUGAUAACUUUUCCAGUAGUUCUGUUGAUACCACAGCUUAUAUUUUGUCAAAUGCGAACAUAACUAAAAAAGCAGAAACUAUUGCUAUCGUAGAAGGAGCUAAGUCUAAUGCAGUCGUGCAAUCUCAGAAUAUACAAAGUACGAACAUGAUGCCAGGUAACAUGUAUGAAAACAUUCCUAAUAGAGCAUGUGAACAAACUAAUAAGAAUAUCAUCUUUAAUGACAACAAUGACAAUUACAAGCAAUCUUGCAUGGAAGCUUCUCAAUCUGUGUUAACACAGAGUAAUGAUGUAGAAAAGAAUAUAAAUCAAAUAGAAACAAAUUUAGAUGCAGAUGUCAGUCAAAGUACACUGUCAAACGAUGAUGGAGAUGACGCAUUAUCCAAAUCUUAUUACAACAACUUAAUAUAUAAGAGAUUGGCACAGACGUUUAACAGCCCAUAUAGAAAAUACAAUACAGAACGAAAUUCAUUAAAUAUAAGUUUCACGUGUUACACACAAAACGCCACGCCGCCAAGCAAACUUAUAAAAAAUGGGCAUCGUAAAAAAUUGUACACUGGCAGAGAUUCACCAGUUGAUCUUGUCAAUAUGAGCAGUUGCAACAGAAAUUCACUGUCUAAGGCAAGACAUAGUUCGCAUCCUGCACUAGAUUUCGGGUACAAGUUACCAAACAAUCAUAAAGUUAAGAAGCUGAGCAGGAUAAGAUGUUUUUCUCUAUUUAACAAUAGUAGCCAUUUAUUUAAACAACCUCGGCGAAGAAAAAAGAAGCCGACUUCUAAGAUAACUCCUAUUGCUCCAACAAAUUCCUCAAAAACUGAUACAGUUACUGUAAAUAAUAAUAGUAUUAACAAUUCAGCAGUUGAUAAACGCGUAAGACGUAAUUUUCUACAGGAUUUAGAUACAUCUUUUUCCACUGAUGUAUCUAACGAAAACAAAUCCAAGUCCACCACUCAUUUAGGAAAGACGAAUGGAUCAAAAGAAUUAACGAAUUUAAUUCCAGUCGUAUGCUUAAUGAGAGUGUCAGAAGAUGAAAUUAAAAGACGUACAAGAUCAAACAGGGAAACUGUUGACAGUUUAAGUACAACCACAUUAUCAAGAAUACAUAGAAGGAAUAAUUACGGAAAACGAAAGAGGAAACGAACGGGAAAACAACAAACAUUAAAUCGCAAGACUCUUUCAAUCUCUACUGGAACAAAUAGUAGUCAAAGUUAUAAAAAUUCAAAUAACGCGACGGCAAAUUUGAAUCCAGUGGUUUGUUUAAAACGACUGUCAGAGUCCGACAUUCAGAAAUACAAAGGAGUCGCUAAUAAAGAAAGUAACAUUGACAAUUUCCAGUCGACCGUUCACAUAGAGAGAUUAUCAGUAUCUAACAUCACAAAGUAUGAAAGUAUUAAGGAUAGAGAAGUAUUACGUAAAGACGUCUCGUCUGAAACUACAAAAUCACAGAAUGUAGAUAUGAUUACAAAUAAACUUUCACGUUAUAAUAAAUCGUUAAAUCUUCCAAUUCCUGCGUUAAACGUGAUUAACGUGAGAACUGAAGAUUCCUCCAGCGAUAGUAGCACUAUUCUAUUUUACAAAUGUGGUAAAACGGAACAUAGUAAGUGUCGUCUAAGUAAUGAUUCUCUUAUAUCCGAGACUGAUUUUGAACCUAACGUUAUACAACCUUCCACUAAGCGUAUAAGAAGGACACGAAGUGAUAGAAUAGAACAAAAAAAUAGUAAAGUAACGGACGAAGAAUUAAUAGAAGCCGGACGAAGUAGGAGAUCAAAAAAGAGCAAAACGGACGCAACAAAUCAGACGACAGUGAAUGAUAGUGAAGGAAUAAGCAGAAUGAAAACGGGAAACAAACACAGAAGUCAGCCAGGACUCGAUGUCAUUAAUAACUCUAUUAACAGUCAUGGAUAUAAUACAAGAAGACGAAAGUCUGAAGAGUUACGUAAUAUAAAUAAUUCUAAUGAUUUACUUUUAAUGAAAGAUAUGAAACAAAUAAAGAACUCCUUAAUAGCACCUGGGAGACAUGAAAUGAUAUGCAAAAGUAGUAGUAGUAGUAGUAGUAGUAGCAGCAAUAGUGUAGAUGUAAUAAAUAAGAAUAAUUAUAAGGAAAUAUCGCACAAUUUGUUUUCAUCCGAUGAAGACGCCUUUGUGCAGCUCGUACGUUGUCCAGAAGAUAUAGGAAAAAUGGAAUUAAAACAGCGUUACAAAAUCUUAACUCAAGAGUUUAAUAAGUCAGAAGAACCACAGGACAAUAAUGAUCUUCAUACGAUGCAUGAAUCUCCAGAUAAUAAAUCACAUUCGAAGUUUGUUACCAAGAGUUCAAUCAGAACAGAAAAUAAUUUCGUUAGUACAAAGCGUAAGAGAUUUUCAAAACGGUCAAGUAAUUUACCGGCGAAAGAUAAUUGCGGGGAAGAAUUCGAAAAAGAGGGAACUAUGAAUAACAGUAAACAAAAAGUAUUAUUACUACUUAACACGAGUGGUUCACAGAAUAAAUCAAAGACAACUCGUCUACGUUUCCAGACGAGGCUCUUUCAAUCUGACUCCGAAUCAUCCUACAUGUCACAUCGUUCAUCCAAUAAAUCGUUACUAGGGGAUGAAGAAUAAUGUUUAAUACAUUUUCAUGAGCUAAUCUACAUGACUUCUUAAAUGAAUCUCUCUUGCCUCACUUAAAAUAGUUACCAACUAUUUUUUUUAAAGGUUGAUGAUAUUUAAAUUAUAUGCCUGUUCAUCUCUGUGUAUUAUUCUCUUGUGUACUCUUUGUGUAAUUACUAAAUAAAUGAAAUC